UGUGUUUGUUGGUGGUGGAGGUUGAUGAGAGGCAGAUGGACAAGAAUGAUUGCUUUGGAGAUAUAGUUACCAGGUCGACGUGAUGGGUUAUCUUAAGCUUAUUAUUUUUAACUUAAACUGGCUGACCAACAGCAACAACAACAACAAAACCCCACUAUCCUUAUCAUCUGCUUCCUUGCUGUUGACCGGUCUCGGUUGAACCCAUUCUGAACCAUCCCGAACACUCACCAACAUACACACAGGAUGACCACCUACCAAGCCAUAGACCAUCAUCAACUGGCCAAGCGAUCAUCCGAAUCAAACUCAAACACAUCCUCAACCUCAACCCGACUGGACGACCAUCUAGAAGAACAACAACAAGAUCGAUAUCGGAACUCACAAAGCGACACCCUACAUGACACAAAAUAUCCACCCACACACGACCAAUACAAUAGCGAUCAGCAGCAGCAGCAUCAUCAGCAUCCAUCACUCACCGGGACCAUCUAUCAGCCCAAGAUCUAUCGGCCCCCGGUCUGGAAACGCAUCUUCUGGGAUACCACCCCCCUCGAUCAACGCAUCCUCAACCAUCAACAUGGCGUCGGCAUUCAGGAUCGUGCCUAUAUCUGUUGGCUGCUCAGUAUCGGAAUGUUUAUCGCUCUCAUCAUGGAAUUCGUCACCAACGCUAAAUAUCAGGGAACUCCUAUCGCAACUAAACCCACGUUCAACUUUAUGAUUGGUCCAUCGCCCGAAGUGCUAAUUAACACAGGAGCUAGAUUCACUCCAUGUAUUAAAAAUGUUCCAGCACUAUCAAACAUUCCGUUUCCAUGUCUGAAUUCUACAUCCACCGAUACCACUUGUUCUCAAUCCCUCGAAUCUGUCUGCGGCUUUGGUGGGUUCAGUCAACCCGGCCAACCAGAUCAAAAAUUCAGAUUUGUCCUACCACUAUUCCUGCAUGCGGGUCUAAUCCACUACCUGCUAAACAUAGCCGUCCAAAUGACCUCGUCGGCAUUAAUCGAGCGCCAGAUGGGCUCCUUGCGGUUCAUCUUACUCUAUCUACCCUCGGGCAUCUUCGGCUUCAUCCUUGGGGGCAACUUCUCCCUCGUCGGACAACCGUCGGUCGGCGCUUCUGGGGCUAUCUUUUCUACCUAUGCCGCCGUCCUGGUCGACUUGAUCGCUCAUUGGUCUAUCGAAUAUCGGCCCACACGCAAGUUGGUUUUCCUAGUCUUUGAAAUUGUGGCCGGAUUACUGUUAGGAUUGAUCCCCGGGAUCGACAAUUUCUCGCACAUCGGAGGGUUCAGCAUGGGGAUCCUAUUGGCAAUCUUACUGUUCCCAGUCUUGCACCAGACGAUCACCCAUCGAUGGACGUUCUAUACCGUCCGAGUGAUCGGCUUGAUCGGGGCUAUCCUGAUGUUCGUCUUGCUCUACCGGAACUUCUUUACCGAAGAUCCAGCUGCUUCUUGUGAUUGGUGUCGGUAUUUAAGUUGUUGGCCUACGGCGAGUAAUAACAGAUGUAAAGGAACUGGCUUGCAAGUCACUGAAACUACAACUACUACACCGAUCAGUCACAAUAACAACGGAACAUCUGCCCAGCCUGUCGUGACCCGGACAACAUCGUCGGCCAUCAUGUUGCCCGCACUGCUCCGACUGACCAUGUCUUUCAUCAACCAAUAAUCCUUCUUCUUCGUCUUCAGGAUUACUACUAUACCCCCACCCCAAAAAAUCAAAUAAAUAAAAAAAACGGAGAUAGCUAGCGUCAUCGUCCUUACUUACAUACAUUUUUUUUUUAAUUUUCAUCUCUUCCUGUGACCGACUCUUCCCUCACUUCUCAUCAUCCAUCAUGUAUCGAUACAUGCACGCUGUACUCGUUAUAUACAUACACAUAAAUGUAUACAACUAAGAGUUUUUUUCCCCCCUUAGCUCUCUAUUGUUUUCAUCAGGUUCAUCUCCCCGCUCAUCAUCUUAAACACUCAUCAUUUUCUUUUCUUUUCUUUUGGUCAGCUUUCAAAAUCCUCUUCUUUUUCCUCUUCUUUUUUAUUUAGGUAGGGAAGGGUCGAGCAGGAUAUAACUUGAAAAAAGUUGUAGGGGGUUGAUCAUAAUGGGUGGGUUUGUGGAUAUAUACUUGUUUUCUUUUUGUUCAUAGAUUUCUUUUACUUACUACACAUACACAUAUAUAUAUAUUCACAUCUUCUUUAAAAGGUUUCCUCGUUUAUAUUAUCAUUAUCUCUUAUUCUUGUUCUUUUUUCUUUUUCCAAGACAUAUAUAUAUAUUCACACUCUUAGUUAAACACACACACACACUCACUCAUGAAUACAUAUCCAUAUCAGUAGUGUGUCUGUCCUCUUUUUUUCGUUUACUUUAUCACUCGUCUUUCCUAUUUUCUUUCCACUUGUUUCCUCUCUUUUUUUUUUCUGCGUUACAAUUUUUUUUUGUUGGUUGCAGUUGUUGUUGUUGUUUUUCUUUUUUUCUUUUUCUCCUGCUUCCAAAAGAAGAAGAGUUUAAGUAUGUAGCUGAUAUCUGUAUAUAAGUAAGUAUCAAAUAGUAUACCAUUCCAACAAUAGAAACAAAAAAAAAACGAAAACCCUUGAACAACCAAAUUGGGUGG